ACUGAGCGACAAGAAGCCACUAAGACUACAUUUCCCAAAAAGGAUUGCGGCGCCACCAGCAUGUCCGGGCUCUCUAGAAACUUCCGGGUUGUGCGGGCGGAGCCUAAAGAAUCCUCCAAUGGUCUGACUGGACGAGGAACUUGGUCCGACAAACGUCAUGUCCCGGGAGCCAGUCAGCUGAAAGGUGGGUGGGCGGUGCGGGGGCGGCGUCACUGAGCAGCGCCCGCCUAUCGCGCCUUAUCUUUGCAGCUUUAGUCGGUGCCUGUUUCUUGCCUCUUUCCCCCACUGCUCGUUUCCCCGUUUCCAUGUCCCUGGUGGGUGCCGCACCCCAGAACAUCCCACGCACAUGGCCUCCAGCUCGAGGGAGUCCUCGUUCUCUUCCUGCUCGUCGAGCUGUGACUUGGACGACGAGGGAGUGCGCGGCACCUGCGAAGAUGCUUCUCUCUGCAAGAGGUUUGCGGUGAGCAUUGGCUACUGGCAUGAUCCGUACAUCGAGCAUCUUGUAAGGCAGUCUAAAGAGAGGAAGGCCCCCGAAAUUAACAGAGGAUAUUUUGCCCGAGUUCAUGGUGUCAGUCAGCUUAUUAAAGCUUUUCUCCGAAAGACAGAAUGCCAUUGCCAAAUUCUCAACCUUGGGGCUGGGAUGGAUACCACCUUCUGGAAAUUAAAGGAUGAAGGUCUUCUCCCAAAUAAAUAUUUUGAAGUCGACUUUCCAAUGAUAGUCACAAGAAAGCUGCUCACCAUCAAAAGCAAGCCGCUUUUAUUCAGACCCAUCAUGGAGUUACACCCAGAGGACACGCUUCAAAUGGGUCCAUUAUGCUCCCUGUGACAAUAAAGAGGCUCUCUCUGAGGACAGAAAAUGGACCUUGUAUAUCUAAACAACUGGAACAGCUUGGACUUAGGGAAACAGUAUAUGGUGCUAGUGCAUGCUGUUCUAGUCCUCAGAGUCUGUCACAUCAAAGGCUCAAGGUCAUGUUGUCCAGGGCUUCCUGCCUGUUGUGUGGAUGCUGGGCCUGAGAGCCUCAGAUCACUGUGUGCAUUCACAGCUACUGUCCCUGUGCACGUUUGCUGUUUGAUAUUGGUCCUAGUAAGAUAAGUCUCUCCCAAACCACUUGGCUGCCCCGUCCCACCUUUGUGUUAUAUUAUUUCCAUUAUAUUAGAGAACUGCAUGCCUCAGGAUUCUGUUGUGUUCUUCAAGUUUUUGUUGGAAAGGGAAGAAACUCAUUAAAGACUUGCUUGCUAUCAAUGUAUUGUUUUUAAGAAGGCACACAGGCACACGGGGAUUGUUUGUUUCUGUUAUAAGCCAGACAAGUGCUUUUGUAUUCUUUAUAUUAUUUUCUUGAUACAGUGUUGUGGUGCCCUGGGGCUGACUCUGAGUUCCCUGUUUGUCCUUUAUUGCUUUCCUGACAUCUAAGGGACUCCCAGAAGAUAGUCACAUGCUGGAUUCAAAAAGAUAUGCCAUCAUUGGAGCAGAUCUCCGAGACCUUUCUGAGCUGGAAGAGAAACUAAAGAAAUGUAACAUGAAUACACAAUUGCCAACACUCCUGAUAACUGAAUGUGUGCUGGUUUACAUGACUCCAGAGCAGUCAGCCAACCUCCUGAAAUGGGCAGCCAGCAGUUUUGAGACAGCCAUGUUCAUAAACUAUGAGCAGGUCAACAUGGACGACCGGUUUGGGCAGAUCAUGAUUGAAAACCUCCGGAGGCGAAGUUGUGACCUGGCAGGAGUGGAAACCUGCAAAUCACUGGAGUCCCAGAAGGAACGGCUGCUGUUGAAUGGGUGGGAGACAGCGUCUGCAGUGAACAUGAUGGAGCUGUACAGUGGGCUACCUCGGGCAGAGGUAAACAGAAUAGAAUCCCUCGAGUUCCUGGAUGAGAUGGAGCUCCUGGAGCAGCUCAUGCGCCAUUACUGCCUGUGCUGGGCCACCCGCGGCGGCCAGGAGCUUGGUUUGAAGGAGAUAACCUAUUGAUCUGCUGAAGGCUCGUGCUGGGGUGGAAGGUGAAGGCUCUAGCUAAGGGAGUGCCAGGGCCUCCUGAGAGAUGUGCAGCCUCACUUUGUUGGUCCUGCUGCACAUCCGGAACCCGUGGUUACAAAGGUGGUCACACCAGAUCCUGUUCCUGUCAGUAUCAUUGUUUAAAUAAAUCUCACUUGCCAUUUGUGUCAGACUCUGC